AUGGAUGCUGCCAAAUCGAGCGCGCUUCCUUCCGCUCUCUCUACGCCUCCAACAUCACCGACAUCUUCACGCACAUACCGUAUCCCUUUGACGCCUCAAAGGAGAGGAACGGAUAUUCCACAUUCUCCGUCUACUCCGCAUCUUGCCUUGGAACCCUCUGCUGCCGAAGAGCAGUCGACUAAUGGGUUUACCUCUGUCGGAAAGGGUCUUGCGCGUUCUCGCACACUUCCGCACCGCAGUAUAGGCAUCGGGAGAACCAGUAGGGCUAUACCCAGUCUUGAGGGAGUGACGUUGGAAGCUAUGAAGCUGGAGAGUCUGAGGAAAUGGAUCCUGGGGCUGGCAAUAGUCACCUUCGAUCUUGAGCUGGGCCCAACGCUAUCCUGUCUCUUCCCACAAUUCCCUCUGUAUCCAUUCGAAGCCGAGAACAUCGCUUUCUCUGCCUUUCCUGAUUCUCCACAAUUUCGAGAAGGGUCCGAACUACACUCAUUCCGAAUCAGAGGGAGGCCGCCGCCAGGGAACAGACGCUCGACUCUAGUCUCGGACCGGCCGUCUCUUGACGACGGGUUCCUCUAUGGGUAUUCCUACUUCAGCCAGACAAGAGACCCCUCGAUCAAACGCGGAUACGCCCAGUGGUCGAUCGUCAUCCUAUCUCAACAUCCCUACGCUGCCCUGUUUCCGGCCGUACUCUCGAAGAUCGGGCCGUUAUACCGUCAGCACGGGGAGGCUAUUCUUGAAGUGGCUUCGCACAACAUGGCCAACUGGCCACCUCCCUCUCCGGGUGAAACACUUGAACUGGGCUUUCUCGGAUCAGUAAUUCACGCGGAGCUGCCGCAGAAUGUGGACGAACAGCAACUCAGCAACACGGCUCAUCUGCACUCGCAGACAGAGUCUGAUUGGCAUGUGCUAGUAUGCUCGCCCCCACUGGAGCCUCCGCCACUACUGCUAUUUGGUGCUGCAUAUACCCAUAUCUGGUCCAUCUGGGAAUGUCUUGUGCUCUGCGAGCCUAUCUUAAUAUUCGGACCGUCCCCGGCCAUGACAAGUCAGGCCGUAUGGUGGCUGCGGGAUCUAUUCCGUCCUAUACCGUGGGCAGGAGACUUUCGACCCUUCUUCACCAUACACGAUAAGGACCACAACGAACUGGUGAACGACCGUGCUCCAAAACCGGGUCUUCUAUUAGGCGUCACCAACCCCUUCUUCGCAAAAGCUUGUAGCCACUGGCCUAAUGUUCUGAGCCUCGGAAGAGCGGGCCCUAAAGGUCCAUCAUCGCCGAUAUUGCCUGCGGCGGGCAUUCCCCCAGGUUGGACGACGAAGCGGCACAAGCGCUUCAUUUCCAAAGAUCCGCACAUCCUACAGACGGUUGAAGACGCGCUCGGAAAGCGCCCGGAGACUUUGCAAGAAGCUUCGGCAGUUCUUCGACGACAUCUGUCGUCACGAACGGCGGCAAUGCUCGUGCCUCUCAAUCGUUACCUGAACUCGCUCAUCCCUCCGCCGACUGAAGCUGGGACGCGACUGAAACCAUUCAAUGACGCGCAGUUUCUGGCGUCUUUGAAGGCACAUGGCUCGCCACUUCCCUUCCGCUCAAGCAGCAAACAGAAGCAAUUCUAUGAGCGCUGGCUACGCACACCGGCGUUUGGGCUGUGGCUCGCGCGUCAGGAGGAGAUAGUCGGCAAUGUUUUGACGUCGAGAGCGUCCACGUCGUCCUUGGUCACGUAG